AUGAUGACUUCUGUUUAACUUCACCUUCAGGGAUUGGAACAUCUUUCACUUUGCUUAUGAUAGCUGAAUUCAGCAGAAAAGGGAAUGCUCACUCUUCAGUUGUUGAUUGGCUUUAUAUGAGUGAGUGGAAAAUAUACUUGGCAUAGUUUUGUAGAAGAUCAUCUUAUUAGUUGUGAAUCUAAGUAGCAAUUGGUUUGGUAUAUGAUUUCUGGAGGGACUAUGCAUGUGGGUAUGGACUUUCCUCAUCAAUUUACUAUGCUAGAAGGUGAAAAUGAUAAAGGAAAUGUAUUAGUUAUGGAAGAUGAGAAAUCAGAAGAUUUGAGUAAUGUAAGACAAAUGGCAAGGGGCAAACCUCCACGCCACCAUGGCUCCGGCAUGAGACAUAGUAUUAGCACCACUAGAUUGGUUGCUGCACCAGAUUUGAGUUUGGAUGUGGAGGUUACAGGAUGCAAGUCAUCUUCUGAAGAAAACACAGAGUUUCUACCCAUAUUUCGGUCAGGAAGUUGUGCUGAAAAAGGACCUAAAGAAUAUAUGGAAGAUGAACAUAUAUGCAUAGAUGAUCUUAUUCAGCAUCUAGGUUCAUCUUCCAAUUUUCCUUUUACAGGAGCUUUCUAUGGUGUGUUUGAUGGGCAUGGAGGUACAGAUGCAGCUUCUUUUAUAAGAAAUAACAUCCUUAGAUUCAUACUUGAGGACUCCCAUUUUCCAACUUGCGUGGCAAAGGCAAUUACAAGUGCUUUCUUGAAAGCUGAUUAUGCAUUUGCAGAUUCUAGUUCGUUAGAUAUCUCCUCUGGAACCACUGCUUUAACAACUCUUGUUAAUGGAAGGACCAUGAUGGUCGCCAAUGCCGGGGACUGUAGAGCUGUACUGGGGAGGCGAGGUAGAGCAGUCGAGAUGUCAACAGACCAGAAACCAAAUCGUAUUUCGGAGAGGCUGAGGAUUGAGAGGCUUGGUGGUGUGGUAUACGAUGGAUACUUGAACGGGCAACUGUCAGUUUCCCGUGCUCUAGGAGACUGGCACAUGAAAGGUCCCAAGGGCUCUGCAUGCCCUCUGAGCGCGGAACCUGAGUUGCAAGAAAUCAACCUGACUGAGGACGACGAGUUCUUGAUAAUGGGUUGUGAUGGAUUAUGGGACGUGAUGAGUAACCAAUGCGCUGUGACAAUGGCAAGGAAAGAAUUAAUGAUACACAAUGAUCCUGAAAGGUGUUCAAGAGAACUGGUCAGAGAGGCUCUUAAGCGCAACUCUUGUGAUAACUUAACAGUGAUCGUGGUGUGUUUCUCACAAGAUCCUCCUCCAAGAAUAGAGACACCACCUUCUCGAGUCAGAAGGAGCAUAUCUGCAGAAGGCCUCAAUUUACUCAAGGGUGUAUUGGACUCUUAGGUUUUAUAUACUCUAUAAGACUAUAACAUUCCCCCGUAGCAUUUGUCUGUACAAAUUAGAUAACUGGUUUCUACUUUCUAUGUGCUACAUAGAUUAAAUACAACACUGAUAUUCCCUUCUUUUUGGGAAU